CCGCCCACCCAGGGUUAUAGAAAUACCGCUGCAGCCUGGACCAGUGCCCACUGCGCCUGGAUCCUGACCUGACCUGACCACCAAGUCGUGCUAAACCCGCCUGCCCGUGCUCCGUGACGAUGGAGGAAACCUUCUUUGUACGUACUCCCAUAGAUCUUGGUUCUGAGCAGAUAUUCCUGGAUUCCGACUCGGAGGACUUGUUCGACAAGCUUCCUCCUGUCCAGGCCCCCACUGUCCGCGCGCCCAGGUCGGUGUCUUCUGGGGGCAGAAAAUCUGGACGGCGCGCUGGCAGGAAGGCGCAGGGUGGCCCAGCCGGGAAGACCCCGAAGACCACCGCGCAUCCCAAGCCUAAGGAGGAUGUGCCUCCCCAGGAGGAGGAGGGCUGCUAUCUCGACCAUUUCCCGCACCUCUCCAUCUUUAUCUACGCGGCCAUCGCCUUCUCCAUCACCUCCUGCAUCUUCACCUAUAUCCAUUUACAGUUUUCCUGAAUGGCCAGGGGCCUGACCGGGUGGGCGCAAAGCCGAGUUGGGAGGGUAGAGGAGAGAAUAGCUUCUUAGCCUUUUGUUUGAAAACAGCCCUUUAUCUAGUUUUAGAUGCUUCUUUUUCUUUUUCCAUCAGUAGGCAGAUCCAAAGUAGCUGCCGGCCAUGACAUCGUGGCAUUACUUGCACUUGCACAUCGAGUGCAGUUAGUCCCUAAUGUUUAGAGUCCAGGAUUGAGAUUGAACUCUGUCAUUAGAAUAAUGUCACUGUGCCCUAUCAUACUGUGACGUGGUGGCGCUUGCAAAGAGCCCUGCAUCCUGUGUCUGGGGAGCAGAGAGAAGCCAGCUCCUGCUACUGAAUUGAUUAGCCAGACCUGAGCCCGCCAACCCCCCCCCCCCCAGUACCCCUCCCCAUGCUGUGAUGCCGCUUCGCCCUCGGGAUGAGCCAGCUGGGUCUCGGAGCUGGCGCAGCCAGAACUCGGAGAGCCGGAAGCUGGUGGACCUGGGAGCGCAGCGGGUAUGGCUGGAGCGCCAGGCAAAGGUUUCGUUGCUACUGGGAGGAGCCAAACAAGUAGACAGAGGAGCUGACCUACCAGAAGCUAGACUGCUAGGAGCCUGAGAUCGCAAAGACUCCUGGGACGCAACUCUUGAGAUCCUUCUUUGGCUGGGGUCCGCUGGAUGACUGGAUUUGAGAACUAUGGGAUGAUCUCAUCUAGCCUUGGAGCCUUCUGAGGCUAUGGGACCUAUAUAAAGGGGUUGGUGGAGGGAGUGUCAUUAAGAGUUCCUACUGAUCUGUCAUCUCACAAUCAAAAGAGCAAAUACUAGAACCCAUUUUGCAGGUUAUUUGCCCACCUGCUUGCUUUGUUUCCUUGUGAAUGUAAGAUAUGCAAAUACAGCGCGCCAAUACUGCAUCUACUGUAUGGAAAUAUCUGUGAUUGUGGCAUCCCUGAUGGAAUAAAUUACGUUCUUCAGUUUA